AUGGAUUUCCCUCCCCGUCCGAGAAGCUCACGACAAGCACGACGAGCACAACAACCACGAUCCAGGCCCGUACCUCAAACGCCAGAAGAAAUUUACCAUCGCAUCAUCACGGCACCCAUCAACCUCGAGGGUAAUAUGAGCCGCCGUAGUGAACGCCUCAGCCUCAUGCAGAUAAAUGCUGAGCUCACGGCCUUGGAGGAAGCAUCUCGACAACAGCAACAGCAGCGACUCGAGACGGCGGAAAAAGAUGCUCUUGAAAAUACAGCGGAAGCGUCGCACGAAGAAGACUCGCAACGUAAGGGGACCAACCUCACCACUCCGACACUUCCAGCGGUCUUAUCUAUGGCAGAUUUUAGCCACGCCUCGAGCUCCUCAAACGCGGGUCUCUUCAACAAGCUCCCCGGCGAGCUGCGUAACGAAAUCUACUCAAACCUACACUACUCGGAUGCGAAGUCGAACCUCCCGGGCCACCUAGUACGACCACUCAGCAUCGGCGCUGCUCGAACACUGCUACCCAACAAGCAACUCCACACCGAACUCGACCAGCACUACACCAAAGAACUCACCUCCCUCUUCACCCGCGACAACGGCGCCGUCCACCUUCCAGGCGGUGCAGUAAUCACCUGGGCCUUCCUCCCCGACGACAGCAGCACCCUCCCAAGCAGCCGCCUCUACCUCGCCACCCCAGUCCUCAACCCCAAUACUACCAUUCGCCGCUCGCUUCGAUCUGAAACCAGCGCCUGCGUCUUCUGGCAGCACGGCAUCCGGAUCCGGCAGACGUCGCUGCGUCCUGAUUACGCGGCGAUUCAGACUUUCACGAAGUGGCUCGACUCGCGGGAGUGUGUGGCGUACAGGACUACGGAGAUGUACAAGGAGUUGAAGGCGUUGUUGAGGACGGUUGAGAAGCUGUCGCGGAAACUGGCGGGGAUUAGUGCGCCGCCUGCGAGGGCUGUGCGGGAGCCGUUGAUCGAGAGGCAUGUGGAUGUUAGGUUUCGAUGGUCUUAUGCUGAGGCGGGGUUGGAUGGGGAGUGGUAG